UCGUGGUGCUGGCGCCGCUCCAGCUUCGCCAGGUUCCGGGGUCGCGCGGACGGGAGCUGACAGGGGUCAAUUCAGGUCAUGCAGGUGGUUCGAAAGACGGGGUCUUGGCUCUUGUGGUCUUGGGCUCGGUCACCGACGCCCGGGGUCGUGGCUGGGGCGCCAGCCUCCACCAUCCGCACCGGCGCCCGGCAGCUACAAGAUGCGGCGGCCAAGCAGGAAGUUGAGGAGAAGGCGGCCGCCCCGGCUCCGAGCCGCAGCAGUUUCAGCAUUUACCCUCCAGUUCCAGGACAGGAGAGCCCUCUGAGGUGGGCAGGAAAGAAAUUCGAGGAGAUCCCGAUCGCACACAUUAAAGCAUCCUACAACAACACGCAGAUCCAGGUGGUCUCUGCCGCCCACCAGCCCCUCGCCCGCACAUCCUGUGGCACCGAGGGAUUCCGGAAUGCCAAGAAGGGCACCGGCAUCGCCGCACAAACAGCAGGCAUAGCUGCGGCCGCGAAAGCUGCCGGGAAGGGCGUGACCCACAUCCGCGUGGUCGUGAAAGGCCUGGGGCCAGGGCGCUUGUCUGCCAUCAAGGGACUGACCAUGGGGGGCCUGGAAGUGAUCUCAAUCACAGACAACACCCCCAUCCCACACAACGGCUGCCGCCCCAGGAAGGCUCGGAGGCUGUGACGGAAAGGAAGCCUGCCCCUGAACGUGACCUCAGGUCCCGCCUCCAGCUAGACCUAGUAGAAAGCACACUGUCAGAGCUCUCUCCAGAGGAGGGCUUGCCGGAGACCCUCAGGGAGUAAGACAGAGCUUUGCCCCCUUAUGUGGUCUUCUCACUUGUUCCUUCGACUGGAGACCGGUACCCAGAAGUGACUCAAGAGGAGCCCCAGGGUGGCUGAUGCCCGGACUCCAACCAGGAAAUGCCGCCUCUGCUCUGGAAAAAUAAAAAUGUCUCUACACUUGCA